AGAGGCGGAUUAGAAGGGGUGGGGCGGAAGUGUCCCGAGCCGGAAGUGUCCCAAGAAGCCGUGAGGGGUCACGUGACGUGCGAACGAAGGCCUCGGUACACAUUCGCGCUUCACUGACAAGAUCCCUUGUGGUGGGAAGGACACCUCAUAGCCAAGAUGACGGACUCAAAGUACUUCACUACAACCAAGAAAGGAGAAAUAUUUGAACUCAAAGCUGAACUGAACAGUGACAAAAAGGAAAAGAAGAAGGAGGCAGUAAAGAAGGUCAUUGCCUCCAUGACAGUGGGCAAGGAUGUCAGUGCUUUGUUCCCAGAUGUGGUGAACUGCAUGCAAACAGACAACCUUGAGCUGAAGAAACUGGUCUACCUCUACUUGAUGAAUUAUGCCAAGAGCCAGCCAGAUAUGGCCAUCAUGGCUGUUAACACAUUUGUCAAGGACUGUGAAGACCCCAAUCCUCUGAUAAGGGCCCUUGCAGUGCGGACUAUGGGUUGUAUUCGCGUGGACAAGAUUACGGAGUAUCUCUGCGAGCCGCUGCGCAAGUGCCUGAAGGACGAGGACCCAUAUGUGAGGAAGACUGCAGCUGUGUGUGUUGCCAAGCUGCAUGACAUCAAUGCUCAGCUGGUGGAGGACCAGGGUUUCCUGGACACAUUGAAGGAUCUUAUUUCUGACUCCAAUCCUAUGGUGGUUGCCAAUGCAGUGGCUGCCCUCUCCGAGAUUGCAGAGUCUCACCCCAAUAGCAACCUACUGGACCUUAACCCACAGACCAUCAACAAGCUCCUGACUGCCCUCAACGAGUGCACAGAGUGGGGCCAAAUCUUCAUCCUCGACUGCCUAGCCAACUACACACCCCGGGAUGACCGUGAGUCCCAGAGUAUCUGCGAGCGGGUCACACCCCGCCUCUCCCACGCCAACUCAGCCGUAGUGUUGUCAGCUGUGAAGGUGCUGAUGAAGUUCAUGGAGAUGCUGCCCAAGGACCUGGACUACUAUGGCACAUUGCUGAAGAAGCUGGCACCUCCACUAGUCACGCUGCUGUCGGCUGAGCCCGAGCUGCAGUACGUGGCCUUGAGGAACAUCAACCUCAUUGUGCAGAAGCGUCCAGAGAUUCUGAAGCACGAAAUGAAGGUGUUCUUUGUCAAAUACAAUGACCCCAUCUACGUAAAGCUGGAGAAGCUUGACAUCAUGAUCCGGCUGGCCUCUCAGGCUAACAUUGCUCAGGUGCUUGCAGAGCUGAAAGAAUACGCCACAGAGGUGGACGUCGACUUUGUGCGGAAAGCGGUUCGUGCCAUUGGCCGCUGUGCCAUCAAAGUGGAGCAAUCUGCAGAGCGAUGUGUGAGCACCCUGCUGGACCUCAUCCAGACCAAGGUUAAUUACGUGGUGCAAGAGGCCAUCGUCGUCAUCAAGGACAUCUUCCGCAAGUACCCCAACAAGUAUGAGAGCGUCAUUGCCACAUUGUGCGAGAACCUGGACUCCCUGGAUGAGCCAGAGGCACGUGCUGCCAUGAUCUGGAUCGUGGGCGAGUAUGCAGAGCGCAUUGACAACGCCGACGAGCUGCUGGAGAGUUUCCUGGAGGGCUUCCAUGAUGAGAGCACGCAGGUGCAGCUGCAACUCCUGACAGCCAUCGUGAAGCUUUUCCUGAAAAAACCAACGGAGACACAGGAACUAGUGCAGCAAGUUCUCAGCCUGGCCACACAGGAUUCAGAUAACCCAGAUCUCCGGGACCGUGGCUACAUCUACUGGCGCCUGCUGUCUACUGACCCAGUGGCAGCCAAGGAGGUAGUGCUGGCAGAGAAGCCACUGAUUUCAGAGGAGACGGACCUAAUUGAGCCGACGCUCCUGGACGAGCUUAUCUGCCACAUUGGCUCUCUGGCUUCUGUCUACCACAAGCCCCCCAGUGCCUUUGUGGAAGGAAGCCGCGGUGUGCAACACAAAAGGCUUCCACCGCGCUCUGGCUCGGGCGAGAGCACAGAGAGUCCUGAAGGGGCCCACUCUGGAGGUGCUGCCAUCCCUGAGGCAGUUCCUGCAGUCAUCCCAUCCCAGGGGGACCUCCUGGGGGACCUGCUCAACCUGGACUUGGGCCCACCCACCACAGGGGUUGCUCCAGCCCCUACCUCAGCCAUGCAGAUGGGGGCCAUGGACCUGCUGGGUGGCGGUCUGGACAGCCUGAUGGGGGAUGAUUCAGAACCGCUUGGAGGAGAUAUUGGUGGAAGUCCAGCGAUAGGAGCUGGUUUUGGUGGCACUCCUGCAGUAAUGCCUGCCUCCUUGAAUGCGCCUGUUGGAGGUGGGCUUGGCGAUCUGUUUGACCUAGGUGGCGGAGUGGGUACGACCACCAGUGCCUACGUUGCCCCUAAAACUGUGUGGCUGCUUGCCAUGAAGGCCAAAGGCUUGGAGAUUGCUGGCACCUUUUCUCGCCGUGGGGGUGUCAUCCAUAUGGAGUUGUCCCUCACCAACAAAGCAAUGAGUGUCAUGACCGACUUUGCUAUCCAGUUCAACCGAAACAGUUUUGGGUUAGCCCCAGCGGGUCCCCUACAGGUCCUCACCCCCCUCAGCCCCAACCAGACUACAGAAGUGAGUCUGCCACUCAGCACAGUGGGGCCUGUGAUGAAGAUGGAACCUCUCAAUAACCUGCAGGUGGCUGUUAAGAACAACAUUGAUGUCUUUUACUUCAGCUGCCUGUACCCCAUCAGCAUCCUUUUUGUUGAGGAUGGCAAGAUGGAGCGCCAGGUGUUCCUGGCAACUUGGAAGGACAUCCCCAAUGAAAACGAGGCUCAAUUCCACAUUAAGGACUGCCACCUCAACUCAGAUGCAGCCAGCAGCAAGCUGCAGAGCAGCAACAUCUUCACUAUUGCAAAGCGCACAGUGGACAACCAGGACAUGCUUUAUCAGUCGAUCAAGCUCACUAAUGGCAUCUGGGUCCUGGCAGAACUGCGUCUCCAAGCUGGCAACUCCAACUACACUCUGUCCCUGAAGUGCAGGGCCCCUGAAGUGUCCCAGUGUGUGUUGCAGUGCUAUGAAACUGUGCUGAAGAACUGAUUUGGAAAGCAGACUGGGGGGUGGUAUGGGGUCCAUGGGGUGCGGAGGAGCCUCUUCUGUGUGUUGCCCCUGGCUGUGGGAUGAAACAGGACCGCCACAGCAGCCCUGCAUGUCUCUUAGCUACCUUCCACCUGGCCAGACCUCCCUUGGCUGCCCCCUUGCACCCAUCUCUUGUUCUUGAACAGCAGUGUUCUAGCAUAUCCCUAACCGUUGUGUUGAUAGCAUUCUUAAUCUGUACCUUCUGCUGUCUGUUUAGGGGACCUGAAAUUCUGCUCUCUGCCUUCUUUACCUUUGUAUUUUCUUAAUCCAGUCAGUCGCAUGUGGUUGUGAAGUUUCCUCUCCAUCUGUUUUCAAGUAGUGUUGGGAACUGAAGGAUAUGCAUAAGCAAACGUGGUAUCUCCAGAGUUUGCUCUGUACUCCUCUGUCAAGCUUGUUGAAAGGAACAAAGAGCUAAAGAUGUGGACCACUCUGUGGCUCCGUAUUUCUCUCCAGUUUCCUCACUUCACAUGAGGUAGUUUAUUAGUUUGGAGGCACCCUGGCGAAGCUGAAGUGGCUCUUUAAAAUCGCCACCAGUACUGGUCAACCACAACUCCCUUGAGUGAAGCUGCUCGAUGUUUUGUUACUGUCAUCUCAUUUAAAUUUAUUACAAAUAUGAAUGUUCUCUUUUGGCUACACUGUAACUCACAUUUUGCACAACUCUUGUCUUCGCUGUCAGUUUUUUUUUUUUUUACAGUUGUAAGGUCUAAAUUUUCAAUCUUGGCAGUGUUUAAAAUAAACUAGUUGCUCCCUCAUGUUUACUUUUUUAAAAAAACAAAUGGUUCGAUUCUGUCUUCUGAAUGGGAUCAGUCCACCUUGGCUGUGGUGAAGAAACAUCUCGUUGAUUUCUGCCUGCUCCGGUUCCCUAGAGUGCUCCAUGAGUGUGUUUUUGUGGUUUUUUGUUUUAGUUUUGUUAACACUUUGCUGUUUUUCUGUGGCUGUGUUAGUGUCAGUGUGGAACACUAUACCACGACUGAGGUUUGCCAGCAGUCCCACCCGUUCUAAGCCAUUCCAUUGUGUGCUCCUCAGUUAGCGUGUUUAUUCUCGACCUUUGUGUUCAGGGGAACACUCCUUUCAUGAGCUGUGUGUUCCAGAAAGGCAUGUGGGGUUGCUGUGGGCUUCUGAAGUUCUGCUCCCUCCACUGGGCUCUUCUCUGCUCCAUCCACAACGGGGCACAAGCAUCUAUGACACUUUGUUUCUUCCAAAGUCUUGACUUGUGCAUUGUCUGUAUUAAUCUGUUUUUGAGGGGACAAAAUUGAGAUCAGAAUUCUGGUUUUUGUAAGAUGGUACAUGCUGUGUUAAUAAAAGUUUGGGCUUGA